CCCCUGGUGAAAAUUCUGGACGAGGAUCUGGCCUCCAGGAGAUCGGUAUCCGAAAGUGUUUCGUGGACAAGAAGAGGACCAGGGACCAGGGCUUAGGUGAGAACCUAACUGCUCUCCUCUCCCCUCGCCCGCGCGACGCACUCGCUGCCUGCUCCCUCUUCCCCAUCGAGCAGAGAAUAGCCGGCGGCGGCAUCUCCUCACCACCAGCGCCUCCUCGAGCAGGCUCGCGCCGCCACGCGUCUACUCCGCUGUUUCUGGCCCCCUCUUCUCCGUCGAACAGUCGGAGAACAGCCGACAGCGGCGUCUCCUCACCGCCUGCUCAUCAUCCUAUUGAAAACUUCAAUGUGUCCAUUUCAUUCCCUUUACAUCCGCUCCUCUCUCAAUGGCCUCCGGCGAACCAAACCUGCCUCCGUGGCUGCGGCGACGGCGCCACUUCUCCACCGUUUUGGCUCUCGGCGGGGCCUAAUCAUCCAGACACUGGCGGAGAUGGUCAAACUUGAGCGCCUCACCGACUUGGAUUCGGGAAUCGUCGAGCUGAAGCUGGACAGGCCGGAGGCGAAGAACGCGAUCGGGAACGCGAUGCUUCAGGGCUUGCAGAAUGCACUCAAGACCAUUGGAAAUGACUCUUCCACCAAUGUGGUCGUCAUUUCAAGUUCGGUUCCUAGGGUUUUCUGCGCCGGGGCCGAUCUGAAGGAGCGGAAGCUGAUGACUACUUCCGAAGUUCGGCAGUUCGUUAACUCUUUACGAUCAACAUUCUUGUCCUUGGAGUUUCUCUCUGUUCCUACUAUUGCUGUUAUUGAAGGAGCAGCAUUAGGUGGUGGGCUAGAACUGGCUCUUUCAUGCGAUCUUCGUGUGUGUGGAGAAGAAUCAACAUUUAGCUUGCCGGAAACUGGUCUUGCAAUAAUACCUGGAGCUGGUGGAAGCCAACGUCUGCCUAGAAUAGUGGGGAGAUCGGCAGCUAAGGAGCUAAUAUUCACAGGUCGAAGGAUCAAUGGCAAAGAAGCCUUGUCUAUGGGACUUGUUAGUUACUGUGUUCCUUCUGGAGAAGCUCACGCAAAGGCUAUGCACGUUGCCCGGGAUAUUAACCAGAAAGGUCCAUUGGCAAUAAGGAUGGCGAAGCAAGCAAUCGACACAGGUACAGAGCUGGCCAUGUCUUCGGCACUCAAAGUGGAGGAAGAAUGCUAUGAGCAACUACUGAAUACCGAAGAUCGCCUAGAAGGCCUGGCUGCAUUUGCGGAGAAGCGAAAACCUAAAUACCUUGGAAAGUAAAUAGUUCAAUCACUCUUUGGUUUUUCCUGCCAUAUUCUGUAUUUUUUUAAGAUGCAAAUAAAAAAAUGUAAUUCUGAGCGUGAAGCUCUAUGGGCUAUCCUAGUUUAAAUUAAACUGUCAGUUUUACAAUAAAGUUUAGAAAUGUUGUUAGUCUAUAAAUUGUCAUAUGGCCACUAUUUAGUGACCGAUUUGGAUUGAGUGAAACUAACUCUUAGUUGUUUAUGAAUGAAACAAACUCAUGUUUUAAGAAA